AUGAAUUGUAGUGCGAGUGUCUUCAUCUCAAAAAACAUUUUUAUUCCGGAACUUGUCAAAUCAUAUGAACAUCAUUUAGACGAUCAGGGUUAUCUUCUGCCACCCUUGCUACUUGGUUUGCGUUAUGUUCACAGACCCUACCAAUUGACAGGACAGCAGCUGCAAACUUUUUUGCAAAGUCUACGUCAUGUAGCAGAAAGUAUGUCCAGUAUUAAGAAUGAGAAUAGUUUUACUGAUGAGGCAUUUGAAAGUUUCUUCCCUGUAACAAAAGAACAGUUCCAGGAAAUAUUCAGAUAUUGUGAAGAAUCACCAGUACCACGUAUUGGUGGAUUUAGGUAUGUUAGCAAGAAAGAUUUAUUAAUGUUUUUAUGCAAAUUAAGACACGGUCUCUCGGAUGAAUUCCUUUCGCACAUAUUUCAAUACUCAACUCGUCAAGCGACAAGUUUGGCUGUUGCCACUGUUAGAGAGUCUUUGAUGAUGCGUUUUGUUCCUACGAACAUUGGCUUUGAUGCAAUCACACGAGAAGAUUAUAUGAAUUUACACGUUUCAGAAUUUACUAAUAACUUGUAUAAUUCCCAGCCAAAUACUCCUCGAGUUAUCGCAAUCAUUGAUGCUACUUAUACUUAUAUUGAUAAAAGUUCCAACUUUAGGUCUCUCCGGCAGUCCUAUUGUGUUCAUAAAGGCCAGCAUUUAGUAAAACCUUACAUGAUAGUAGCACCUGAUGGUUACAUCCUUGCAAUCCAGGGCCCAUAUUUCUCGGAUAGUCGUAACAAUGAUGCUUCUAUUUUGCGCAAUGAGUUUGAGAAAGAUGCUGACAGAAUGAGACACUGGUUUCAAGAAAAUGAUAUUGUCAUUGUUGAUCGCGGAUAUAGAGAUGCGACGGAGUUACUCGAACAGUUAGGCAUAGUUUGCAAAAUGACAGCACAUCUGGAACGUGGACGAAAUCAGCUUAGUACUAAAGAAGCUAAUGCUUCGCGUCUUGUCACAAAACAACGGUGGGUAGUGGAAGCGAGAAAUGGCCAUAUAAAAUUAAUUUUCAAAAUCUUCGCCAAUCUUGUACAGAUUCAGCAUGUGCCACACGUAGGAAAUUUUUAUCGAAUUGCUGGUGCAAUCAUUAACCGCUAUCGUCUUUCAUUAAUAAUGAGAGAUGUUAACGCAGAUCUUGCUCAACAUUUGCUCGAAAAAGUAAAUGAAGUAAAUGUUGUUCAAGCACUCGUGGAAGUAGAAAAUCUUCAUACUCGAAAUGCUCAACGAUGGAUUCGUUUGGAUGCUGCAUUAUUAAAUGAUUUUUCAGUCCUCACGAUUGACUUCUUAAGAGAUCUGACAGUUGGUACAUACCAAAUUAAACUAUCUCCUUCCUAUAUUCAGGACAAACUGGCUAGAGAUAAUGAUGAAGAAUUUCAGAUUAAAAUGUUGCGAAAUGAGGAACGGACACCUACACCGGGUUUUAUCAGAGUCCGAGUGUUUUCGAGAUUUCGAAAUGCCGGAAAAUAUCAAUUAUGGGUUUCUUAUCGACCAAUCGUGGAAAGAGAUCAGGAAAUCGAAGAAGACUACAAUCCAAUAGAUGGAUAUUAUUGUACCUGCAAAUCUGGAAGUCGCACAAUUGGCACUUGCGCUCAUGUUGCAAGGGUCCUUUGUUAUCUUGGACACGCAAGAUACAUCGAAAAUGUUCGAUAUCCUUCAUUAAGAUUGGUGCAAACAGUUGAAGAUGCUCAAAACAGACCACAAUAA